GGCUCGGCUCGGCUCGGCUCGGCUCGGCUCUGAUCCGGCCCGGCUGGGUCCUGCUCGGCUCUGACCCGGCCCAGCGCCUUGCCCUGACCCGGCCCGACCCUUCCCGGCCAUGCUUUCCGCCCCAUGGCCCCUGUGGAGCUCGACGCGCUGGCCGUGCGGGAGCAGCUUUUCCAUGAACGUGUCCGCGAAUGCCUCAUCUGUGCCCUGCUCUUCGCCAGCCUCUACAUCCUCUGCCAUUUUGUCAUAAGGCACUUCAAGAAGCAGACAGAUUUUGCAGCAGUGCACGAUGAUGAGGAUGCUGCUGUCAACAGGAUUGCGUUGGGGCUGUGCACCUUCACCCUGGCCGUGGCAUUGGGUGCUGUGCUGCUGCUCCCCUUCUCCAUCAUCAGCAACGAGGUGCUGCUCUCCUUCCCCCACAACUAUUACAUCCAGUGGCUGAAUGGGUCCCUCAUCCACGGCCUCUGGAACUUGGUCUUUCUCUUCUCCAACCUGUCCCUCGUCUUCCUCAUGCCCUUUGCAUACUUCUUCACGGAGUCAGAGGGAUUUGCAGGAUCCAAGAAGGGCAUCAUGGCCCGUGUGUAUGAGACGUCGGUGGUGCUGCUGCUGCUGACACUGCUGGUGCUGGGCAUGGUCUGGGUGGCCUCUGCCAUCGCUGGUAACGACGCUGUGAGCCGGCAGUCCCUCUAUGACCUCUGGGAAUGCUACCUGCCCUACCUCUACUCCUGCAUCUCGCUCUUUGGUGUGCUGCUGCUGCUGCUGUGCACCCCGUUUGGCCUCUCCACCAUGUUCACCGUCACCGGGAAGCUGCUGGUGAAGCCCCGGCUCCUGGAGGACCUGGAUGAGCAGCUGAGCUGCACGAGAUUUGAGGAGGCUGCCGUGUCCCGCAGGAUCACAUCUGGGAAGGCUUCCUGCUGGCUGAACCUGAACAUGGCACUGCUGCGGGAGCAGCUCCUCAGCAUCCGCAGCAAGAGGAAGAAGCUGGAACUGCGGCACCGAGCAUCACCCUGGCAGAGGAACGUGGGCUACCCGCUGGCCAUGCUGGGCCUCCUGGCUCUGACGGGCAUCUCAGUGCUCAUCGUCUGCUUCCACGUCCUGGAGCUGCUGCUGGAUGACACUGCAAUGCCACGGGGCAUGCAGGACACAGCCCUGGGCCAGGUCUCCUUCUCCAUCCUUGGUUCCUUUGGAGCUGCACUGCAGGUUGUCCUCAUCUUUUACCUGAUGCUCUCCUCCGUCGUGGGUUUCUAUAGCUCCCCACUCUUCACACGGCUGCUCCCCGAGAGGCAGGACACCCCCCUGACCAAGAUCAUCGGGAACUGCGUCUCAUUGCUGGUGCUCAGCUCCGCCCUGCCCGUCUUCUCCAGGACGCUGGGAAUCACUCGCUUCGACCUCCUGGGGGAUUUUGGCCGCUUUAAUUGGUUGGGGAACUUCUACAUCGUCUUCAUCUACAAUAUGGGCUUCGCGGCGCUCACCACCCUCUGCCUGGUGAAGAGGGUGACGUGGGCUGUGCAGGAGGAGCUCAUCCGUGCCUUUGGUGAGGAGGGGGUGCACCUGAGUGGGGGGCUGAGGGUCCCGGGCUUCGGGGGGGGGGUGGCACGGUUCGCUGGUGGGGGGUGA